AACCUCAUGACAGCGGAUUGGAACGAGUCGGCACAGCUUAUCACAUAAACAGGGCAGACGGGGAAAGGCUGUCAACGAAUAACUUUCCACACACACUUGGACGCACACACGCACACUCUCACACUCCGGGCGCUGUUGGGGGGAUAUAUAAGACCUCACCAGGAGGGUCUUAGACCCACUAGAUUUCUCUGAGGGAAUGCUUUGCAGUUUGGGUUUUUCUUUCACAUUGAUCUCUCUGCAAAAACCUUACAUGCCCUUUGAGUGCCAGAGAGAGUUUUUGGGUAAAGUAUGCUUUUCUUUGAUGCCCAAUACUCAACUUUAUUGACACGGGAAGAAAGAAACUUAAGGAUGUAAUCUUGAAGUAAGGACUAUUUUCUCAGCAACUUCGUCUGUUGGACUUUGCAUUGUUUUCUAUAUUUUUUCUGUUUAAACUGCAAACCAAAAAUGGAAACACCAAUGCCUUUAGGAAUAUUUCAUGACAAUGUAUCCGUUCUGGAUCUGGACAGUGCUUCAAUAAACAACGUCUUCAUUAACAAGGAUUUUGAUGCCUUCAGUGUCACCAUGGCUGUCCUCUACCUGGCAGUAUGCAUUGUGGGAUUGGGCGGGAACUCUUUGGUCAUCGUCACGAUCCUGAAGCUGGACAAAAUGUCAUCUGCCACCACCGUCUACAUUUUCAACCUGGCUUUGGCUGAUGGCCUCUUCAUGGUAGGACUUCCAUUCAUUGCUAUCCAAAAUUUCCAGGACCAGUGGAUCUUUGGAGACGUGGUCUGUAAACUGGUAAUGGUUCUGGAUGGCAUCAACCAAUUUACCAGCAUAUUCUGCCUGACCGUGAUGAGCGUGGACCGCUACAUGGCCCUGGUCGAUCCGCUGCGCUUCGCUCGCUGGCGGACACCGCAGCGGGCAAAAAUCAUUGCUGCUCUGAUGUGGUUUAUUUCCCUUUUUCCUGUCAUUCCAAUGGCUAUUCACUUUUCGGCCCACUACGGUCUGUGCACCAUAGACCCUCAGGUGGCCUCGGACACCUGGUGGUUGAGCUUUCUCAUCUACACGUUCAUACUGGGUUUUGCUCUGCCAUUCACCGUAAUGAUUGUGUUUUACACCGCACUAGUGGUGACUCUUAGAAAUGCCAAUCGGCGACAGGAUGGCGCUUCUUCCUCUCUGGAAAGCCACAGGCUGGAGAAACAGGUAACCAAGAUGGUGGUGGCAGUUGUUGUGGUAUUUGGCAUCUGCUGGCUGCCGUUCUACGUCUUCAACUUUUGCUCUCUGCACCAAAUAGACUUUCUACUCAACUUCACCCGCGGCUUUGAGUUCGUGGUGCUCCUGUCCUACUCGUGGAGCUGUGCCAAUCCCAUACUGUACGCGUGUCUGUCGGAAACUUUCCGAAGACAUUUCCACGCCCUGCUGUGCCCCCACAAAAGCUCCCUUACGCAGUGCGAUAGAGACACCGAAGGUUACGUCCUGCGUGACACUAACAUACCAGAUAUGAACGUGUUAGCUUAGGAUGGCGUUUGUCGUCACCAAUCAAUAUAUUGCUUUAAAUAUCAGUGCUUGUGUAGCAAUAUUGUAGACAGACAAUCCCUGCUUUAACAUUUAGUGCUGACUUUUGUGCCACUUUUGCUAUUAAACAAUAUAGAAGAAAUAUGGGGGUAAGUGGAACGUGAUAACAUGACACUUACUGUAGACACAGAGAGUUUACUCUGUGUCUCCAUGCAAUAGAUGGACUCUGUAGAGCGAUUAUGCAAUUUCUGCCCACCCCAACAAGUGCUUUCCAAAUGAUUGUGGAUUUUUGGAUGAUGUCACCGUUGUCAUGGCAUCCAGCUUGGCCUGAAUUAUGUGAGAUGGGAUUCUCGUGUGACUGUGGCCAAAUGACUUAAGAAUGUGAUUGUAAAUCUUGGCCGAGCAGUUGAUGAAUUACAUGUUAAUAGCCAAUUUACUGAGAACAGGGUAUUAUAUUUUUUAUGACAUUUUAUUGCCAUUUGUUAUGGAAAUAUUUUGGUGAAAAUUGUGCAUCAUAUUUUCCAGAUCAAAAGAAAUGAUUUUACAAAAUACUUUGAUUAUAAAUGAAUGCUUACUUUUUUUCAAUACAAUCUUAUGGCAAUUCGUACAUAUUUUAGGAGAUGCCUAAUUCUAAUUAUUUUGUACGACCAGUCGACCACACUCACAAUUUGCAUUUGUGCCUGUGACUGUGGGGUUAGGGGCAGGAUUUUUUUUUCAUGUGAACCAUGCGUUUUGUACGAUUCACUUUGUAUGAAUUCAGAAAUUGUCACCUCUUAAAAUCUGUACGAAUUCCUGUAAGAUCAGGCUGUUUUGUACGAUUCACUUCAUACGAGUUUAUGCAAAUUAGCCAACUCCUUAAAUACGUACAAAUUUCUGUGAGAUCGGGCUGCUUUGUAAGAUUCACUUUAUACCAAUUUAUUCAAAUUAGCCAAUUUUAAAAUCUGUAUGAAUUUCUGUGAGAUCAGGCUGUUUUGUACGAUUCACUUCAUACAAAUUUAUGCAAAUUAGCCAACUCCUUAAAUACGUACAAAUUUCGGUGAGAUCAGGCUGUUUUGUACGAUUUACUUGAUAUGAAUUUAUACAAAUUAGCCAAUUUUAAAAAUCUGUACGAAUUUCUGUCAGAUCAGGCUGUUUUGUACGAUUUACUUGAUAUGAAUUUAUACAAAUUAGCCAAUUUUAAAAAUCUGUACUAAUUUCUGUGAGAUCAGGCUGUUCUGUACGAUUCACUUUAUACUAAUUCAUACAAAUAAGCCAACUCCUUAAAUACGUACAAAUUUCGGUGAGAUCAGGCGGUUUUGUACGAUUUACUUUAUACGAGUUUUUGCAAAUUAGCCAAUUGUAAAAAUCUGUACGAAUUUCUAUAAGAUCGGGCUGUUUUGUUCAAUUCACUUUAAACGAAUUCAUACAAAUAAGCCAACUCCUUAAAUACGUACAAAUUUCGGUGAGAUCAGGCUGUUUUGUACAAUUUACUUUAUACAAAUUUAUGCAAAUUAGCCAACUCCUUAAAUACGUACACAUUCCUGUAAGAUCAGGCUGUUUUGUACGAUUUACUUUAUACGAAUUUAUGCAAAUUAGCCAAUUCUAAAAAUCUGUACGAAUUUCUGUGAGAUCAGGCUGUUUUGUUCGAUUCACUUUAUACAAAUUCAUACAAAUAAGCUAACUCCUUAAAUACGUACAAAUUUCGGUGAGAUCAGGCUGUUUUGUACGAUUUACUAUAUACGAAUUUAUGCAAAUUAGCCAAUUGUAAAAAUCUGUACGAAUUUCUGUCAGAUCAGGCUGUUUUGUUCGAUUCACUUUAAACGAAUUUAUGCAAAUUAGCCAACUCCUUAAAUACUGACACAUUCCUGUAAGAUCAGGCUGUUUUGUACGAUUUACUUUAUACGAAUUUAUGCAAAUUAGCCAAUUUUAAAAAUCUGUACGAAAUUUCUGUGAGAUCAUGCUGUUUUGUACGAUUCACUUUAUACGAAUUCAUACAAAUAAGCCAACUUUUUAAAUACGUACAAAUUUCUGUGAAAUCAGGCUGUUUUGUACGAUUUACUUUAUACGAAUGUAUGCAAAUUAGCCAAUUUUAAAAAUCUGUACGAAUUUCAGUGAGAUCAGGCUGUUUUGUACGAUUCACUUCAUAUGAAUUUAUGCAAAUUAGCUAACUCCUUAAAUAUGUACAAAUUCCUUCGUACAAAUUCAUACAAAUCAGCCAACUCUUAAAAUAUGUACGAAUUCCUGUGAGAUCAGGCUGUUUUGUUUUAAUGUAUCACAGUAUGAUGAUUGUUAGCUUUUUAAUGGCUGUAUAUUUGUGCCAAUGUUUUACUAUAUUGCAUGUAUAGGAUUUGAAUUAUCAUCCAAGAACAUAGUUUAUAUUACUUUAUACAUUAUGAAGCCAAAUAUAUGUAAAUUAUCAUUGUUCAUAAAUAUUAAA